AUAGUUGUUUCAAGUUGUUGAGUCAGUGCGGGUGUGUCGCGGAAAUAAAGUUAAGAAAUAUAUAAAAGAAGCACUGCAAAUGCAUAUAUAAGAAAACGCCGCAUUCGAUUAGUCAACACUGCAAAAUAAUAAGAAUACUCACACGUAUUGAAAAACGCAAAUUAAUUUUCCAAUUGAGAAGAACAAAAAGUUAUCAAAGAAUUGAAACGCUGCCAAAGUAUUUUAAAGUGAACAAAUAGAAAUCUGCCACCAACACAUAUUUUCACAUUCUCGCUUCCCACUCAACUUCGUGCAUCGCGUGUGCUUUUACGCGGCAUCUGUGUGCCUGUGUGUUUGUGUGUGUGUGGAAGAGAGAGAGAGAUUGCAAAAAUACUUUUCGUAUUAUCGCUCGCUGAAACAAAAACGAAAAAGGAAACUUUCGAGUUGAGUUGUGUUGUUGUUGUUGUUGGUGAAUUGUGUGCAAGUGCAAGGCACGUGAAUGUCGCAGAAACAUCAUCAGUCGUAUCAACCGCUUCCAACUGCCGCGGCCGCCAUGGAUAAUCCGGCUAUGAGCAACAGCAGCAGCGGCAGCGAGAGCAGCGUUAACUUUGCCGCAAGUGGACUACCUGCGACAUAUUCGUCACAGCAGCUGGUGACAUCCGAUUCGGAGUCAAUGGAGCGACUUCGUCUACGUGGGAAUGGCAUCAAUGCAGUAGAGCCUUCUGGGCGUCUCUCUUCCAUCAAUCGGCAGCAAUGGUUUACCGUUAUUGUUCUUUGCUUUGUCAAUCUCAUCAAUUACAUGGAUCGCUUCACAAUUGCGGGAGUGCUAACGGAGGUGCAAAAAGAAUUCAGCAUAGACAAUGAUAGUGCGGGACUGUUGCAGACAGCGUUUGUCAUCUCCUAUAUGAUAUUCGCACCGCUCUUUGGCUAUCUGGGCGAUCGGUAUUCAAGGCGCUGGCUAAUGGCCGUGGGCGUGGCCUUGUGGUCGACAACCACAUUAGUUGGUUCCUUUAUGGGCAGCUUUGGAUGGUUUAUCACGUUCCGUGCACUGGUUGGAAUCGGCGAGGCUUCCUACAGCACCAUAGCGCCAACGAUCAUCUCCGAUCUGUUUGUGCAUAGCAUGCGCUCCAAAAUGCUGGCAAUGUUCUACUUUGCCAUACCCGUUGGUUCUGGUUUGGGCUACAUUGUCGGCUCAAAGACGGCGCAUUUGGCCAACAAUUGGCGAUGGGCUCUACGAGUGACGCCCAUUUUGGGCGUGGCUGCUGUCAUCCUCGUCUGCCUGAUCAGGGAUCCGAAGCGCGGCGAAAGCGAGGGCACCUCCCACUUGGCGCGCACCAGCUUCAUGACGGACAUCAAGGAGCUGUCCAAGAACUGCUCGUUCAUGUUCUCCACGGCGGGAUUCACAUGCGUCGCUUUCGUGACCGGCGCCCUGGCCUGGUGGGGACCUACCUUCAUCCAUUCUGGUCUCAAGAUGCAGCCCGGCAAUGAAGAUCUUCAACUGGAUGAUGUCUCCUACAUAUUUGGACUUGUUGCGAUGGCCGCUGGCCUUAUCGGUGUUCCGAUGGGCUCUGUGCUGGCUCAGCACUUUCGCAGCCGGAUCGAGAACGGAGAUCCCUACAUCUGCGCCACUGGACUCUUCAUAUCGGCUCCGAUGGUGUUUAUCGCCUUGAUUAUACCGCGCUCGAGUGGAACACUCUGCUACCUGUUUGUGUUCGUUGCGCAGGUGGCGCUCAAUCUCUGCUGGUCCAUUGUGGCCGACAUCUUACUGUAUGUCGUGGUGCCAACUCGUCGCUCAACGGCCGAAGCCUUUCAAAUUCUCAUCUCCCACGCGCUGGGCGAUGCCGGCAGUCCGUAUCUGGUGGGCGCUAUAUCGGUUGCCAUUAAGAAUCAUAUGAGCUCAUCGCCCAACAGUCCCAGCACCGUGCAGGGCUUGCAGAGUCUGUCGCAAGUGCUCGGAAAUGCCACAGAAACCAUUACGUCUCAGGCCUCUGAUGAUCUUUUGUCCUUUAAGUCGCUGCAGUUUUCGCUGUUCUCCACCACCUUUGUCGAAGUUAUUGGUGGUAUUUUCUUCCUGAUCACCGCCUGCUAUAUAAUCAAAGACAAAAACAAUGCGACUCGCGCCGCUUUGGCAAAUGAUUUGAGAUUGUCGGCACCGCAGAACCAGAAAGAUAUUUUCGAAUCGGAUUGUCUGGUUAUAUGCACAGAUAUUGCUUUGCAAGAGCGAGCGUGACAACCUUUAGGCAACAAACAGAUUCUAGUUAUUCUGAAUCCAAUGGGCCGUUGGAGCAAUCCAAUACCUAAUAUCAGCCGAUCCAAGAAGUUUUUCUACGCACUCAUAGCGAAGGCAUUUUGGAUGAGGUGCUACUGACUGAGAAUCAUCUUUAAUGUUAAUUUAUAAACAUUUCAUGCACACACACAAAAACAUACUCCAG